AUGGCACACACAAUAGUGCUUUUUCAGCCGGGUAAACUUGAGACCAGAACUUACUGGGACUUUGAGUCGCUCAACGAUGCUUUGGAGUACAUUUGCCAUAUGUACGAGCUACACCUGAAGGAGGACAAUCCAGGAAUGACUACCAUAACUUAUGAUAUUUCGCAGCUCUUUGAUUACAUUGACAAACUGACCGACUUGAGUUGUUUAGUGUUUCAGAGAGUUAGCAACAUGUAUGCACCGUUCCCUAAAGACUGGAUCAAGGAAAAGAUAUUCGUUUUCCUGAAGCGAGAGGCUGGCAAAUCGGCAAAAUCAUAA